GAGUUCAUUCUUUCUCGGAGAACGGACAGUUUUCGUAGCUAUGUCUGGACGGGGUAAGGGCGGUAAGGGCCUUGGGAAAGGCGGCGCUAAGCGUCACCGAAAAGUCCUCCGUGACAACAUCCAGGGCAUCACCAAGCCCGCCAUCAGGCGUCUGGCUCGUCGCGGCGGCGUGAAGCGCAUCUCCGGCCUUAUCUACGAGGAGACCCGCGGGGUCCUAAAGGUGUUUCUGGAGAACGUGAUCCGGGACGCCGUCACCUACACCGAACACGCCAAGCGCAAAACCGUCACCGCCAUGGAUGUCGUCUAUGCCCUCAAGCGCCAGGGACGCACCCUCUACGGUUUUGGCGGUUAAACCAAUAGGUUUACACUUGUCUUCAAAAGGCCCUUUUCAGGGCCGCCCACUACUCUGAAGGAGCUGUAGUUAGCUUUUCGAGUUGCGGCGUAAUAUAUUAACACUAUGUGUUAAGUGGGUGGUGGUUUACGUACACUGCACCAAAUUAUAGCCACUUCCUAUUAGAGUAAAAUGAGUGGCCCUUAAAAGGGCCUUAGUUCUUUUAAAUCAAAUCGCCUGCAGGAUUUAGCCGCCGAAGCCGUAGAGGGUGCGCCCCUGGCGCUUGAGCGCAUAGAGCGGGUCUCCUCAUAGAUGAGGCCGGAGAUGGCGCUUCACGCCGCCGCCGCGACGAGCCAGACGCCUGAUGGCGAUGUUGUCACGGAGGACUUUUCGGUGACGCUUGGCGCCGCCUUUCCCAAGGCCCUUACCGCCUUUACCCCUU